AUGGAUGUGGACUGCGACGGGGUUAACUCAGACUGCAAGGGAAGCACAACCAGCCAGACCCAAACAAACUGGGGCGCUCUGUCCGCAUAUGAAGUUCCUUACAUUGUUAUUCCAGACAGAUUCCUGUCCGCGAAUAGCGAGAUGCUCCCGGGGAAUAACGUGGCGGCUGUCAUAUGUGAUGGGAAAAUGUUUUAUGGGAUUCUCGGCGACUCUAAUGGCCAUGACCCUCAGAUCACUGGCGAAGCCUCUUGGCUCAUGGCGAGGACUUGUUUCCCAAAUGACGACCUAAGCGGAACAAAGGGGCAUACCGAUCUCGAUGUCAUCUAUAUUCUAUUCACCGGCAAACAAGCCGUGCUCCCCAACAGCGCCGUGAACGAGCACUACAUUACCGACUUCGGCACAUUGAGACAUAUGGGGGACAAUUUAGUCGAUGCCCUUAUGUCCAACUUGACCCCUUCGACGGGAUCUACCACGACUUUGACAUCGGCUGCCACACCAAACUGGACAUGGGGUACCGCACCGACGCGGACAAAGCCUCCUACACAGACUACGGGCCCCACAUCUUUCGCUACAGGUCUGUGGGUGGACUACGCGAGCAGCGUACUUCAGAUGCACAUGUGUCUCGCGGCCUAUUUCGCGUAUACUUUUGCCAGCUGCUAUUUGUUUUGA